GCGCGCGCCACUUCUCCUAUUGCUGUGUUGGCGGAGACACGUAGCGCGUCUGUAGUCAACGGAGCCACGAGUCAGUCUUUAUUCUUUCAUUUUACGCGCGUUUCGCGUUUAAACUCGAAUCUUUUCGCUCGCCUUUUCGAAAAAACUUCACCAAAAUGCGUGAGUGUAUCUCCAUCCACGUCGGCCAGGCUGGUGUUCAGAUUGGCAAUGCAUGCUGGGAAUUGUACUGCUUAGAGCAUGGUAUCCAGCCUGAUGGUAAUAUGCCAAGCGAUAAGACCGUUGGUGGUGGGGACGACUCCUUUAACACUUUCUUCAGCGAGACUGGCUCUGGAAAACAUGUGCCACGAGCUGUGUUUGUGGAUCUGGAGCCGGCAGUUAUUGAUGAGGUGAGGUCUGGCACCUACAGGCAGCUCUUCCACCCAGAGCAGCUGAUCUCUGGAAAGGAAGAUGCAGCAAACAACUAUGCCCGUGGCCACUACACUGUUGGCAAGGAAAUCAUUGACAUGGUUCUGGAGCGUGUCCGUAAACUGACUGACCAGUGUACUGGGCUCCAAGGAUUCCUGAUCUUCCAUAGUUUUGGUGGAGGCACUGGAUCAGGAUUCACUUCCUUGCUGAUGGAGCGCCUGUCUGUUGACUAUGGCAAGAAGUCAAAGCUGGAGUUUGCCAUCUAUCCGGCACCUCAGGUCUCCACUGCUGUUGUGGAGCCAUACAACUCUAUCCUCACCACACACACCACACUGGAGCACUCAGACUGUGCCUUCAUGGUGGACAACGAGGCCAUCUAUGACAUCUGCCGCCGCAACCUUGACAUCGAGAGGCCAACAUACACCAACCUGAACAGGCUCAUCGGCCAGAUCGUCUCCUCGAUUACUGCGUCUCUGCGCUUUGAUGGUGCUCUCAAUGUCGACCUGACUGAGUUCCAGACCAACCUUGUGCCAUAUCCUAGAAUCCAUUUCCCCCUGGUAACCUAUUCACCAAUUAUCUCUGCUGAGAAGGCAUACCAUGAGCAACUUUCUGUUGCUGAGAUCACAAGUGCCUGCUUUGAGCCAUCCAAUCAGAUGGUGAAAUGUGACCCACGCCAUGGCAAAUACAUGGCCUGCUGUAUGCUGUACCGUGGAGAUGUUGUGCCUAAAGAUGUGAAUGCUGCCAUUGCCAACAUCAAAACCAAACGUUCAAUCCAGUUUGUGGACUGGUGCCCAACUGGAUUCAAGGUUGGCAUUAACUACCAGCCACCAACUGUGGUUCCUGGAGGAGACCUGGCAAAGGUGCAGAGAGCUGUGUGCAUGCUGAGCAACACCACUGCCAUUGCUGAGGCCUGGGCACGUCUGGACCAUAAGUUUGACCUGAUGUAUGCCAAGCGUGCAUUUGUGCACUGGUAUGUGGGUGAAGGUAUGGAGGAGGGAGAGUUCUCUGAGGCGAGAGAGGAUCUUGCAGCACUUGAGAAAGAUUAUGAAGAGGUUGGCACAGACUCUGUUGAAGAUGAAGAGGAAGGAGAAGAGUAUUGAUCUCCAGGAGGCUAGAAGCACUUACCUCCCACUGCCAGGCUGCCACAGUUUGUCCCAAAGGGAAGGGAGCUAAUGUCUGUCUUUUCUAUGUUUGUUUUUCUGUCCUACAGUACAUUGUUCAUUCCACUUACUGUUUUCCCAGAGUUCAAUUAAGUGCUGAAUUUACCCAAGUUGUUUUGGUUUAUUUGGCAUUUUACUUAACACUGCUACCUGUCUACAUGGGUAUUCUUCCAUCAACUGUGCAAUGUUUCUGAAUAAAUCCCCUUGAAAUGA